UAACAAAGAGGAACUGUUUGUUUAAUUUCGAAGGAGGACACUUUUCCAAGUUACGCAUAGUUCCAGCGACAGACAACGAAGCAAAUGUCAGUAAAUGAUGACAAAUCAGAUGCCCCAUCCCAAUCUAGCAGCAUAUUGGAUCUUCCUAAUACAUUUGACAUAGGAGGGCAGACUGGGUUUUCUAGUGGAGAUGUUGCUGACUCAACCCUGAUUUCCGUAACUUCAUCAGCACCUGAAAUAGCAUCUGGGGACCUAGAAUACGAAGAUGUCUGUAUGCAGGUUGCAGACCCUCCAUCUACUUCAUCAGAAAACAUUGGAUUCAGUUCCCACCAAGAAACACUGUUCAGAACGGGCAGGACUUUCAACAUUGUCUUAUCUGCUUCUGAGAGACCCAUAAAGGGAGAGGAGGAAGAGGAUUUCACAGGGAAAAACAUUGACAGUUUUUAUAGUAAUUCCAGUAAACCUGAAAACACAGAUAGAAUGUUUCAACUGAUAUCAGAGUUGCUUGCGUCCAAAGUCUCUCAGCUUAAGGAAAAAGGUGAAAAGAAAUAUGUUUUAAGAAGUUUUCAAAUGGCUCAAAUUCUGUUGAACAGCCAUGGGACUAAAAUAUUUCAAAAUCAUCAAGCAAGUCUGAGUUCGACUAAAUCAAGUGACAGCACUGCGGAAAAAAUCAGACCAAUUCCAGGGCUAUCAAUGGAUGUGAUCAAAUAUGUAUUAGACAAUAUAAAGGAAGGAGUUCAAAUAUAAUCCUUAUUAGGGGUUUGCAGAAGUCCCUUUAACAUGCUUUCAUUUUUGCCGGCAGGUAUUAAAUCAAGCCUUUUUUUUAAAUGUGUUAAUUUUACAAGAAGAAAAGCUGCCAUUCAUUCCCCUGUACAAUUGAGUAACAGUGAACAGCAAUGAACUUCCACACUGACAUUUUUACUGCUGUACCGCAGAUGAGGCUGUAAACUGCCAUGGAUUCAUCAUGUACACAUGACCUUUCCUUAGCAUCACUCUGACUGAAUUAUCAACUGUUUGGUAUACUGGGAGAUGUAUUUUUUGUCAACUUUAAUCAAAGUUAAAAUCUUAUCUAGGACUACAAUUCCACAUUUCCCUGCAGAGAUGACAAAAUUCUAUAGAAACAAGCCCAUUUAAAAUCACCAAUUGAAAUCAAAAUUAUUUUAUAUCAAAUGAAUAAAAGAAAAUUUAAGAAUCACAAAUAAAUGCUUUGGAACAAGUUUUACAUUUUUAUGCAGUCACACUUAUAACAUUUGCUUGUUCAUGAUGUUGAAAUAAUAAUUUCAAUAAUGUUGACAAAAACUUAAGUAGGAAACAUGUAUAAUGAACAGAUGUUUGUUUCCUAUGAAUACAAUAUGAAUUUAAGUUUACAGAUGAAUUGUCUAAACUAUGUAGAGUUACACCCAUCAAAGUCCGCUAUAAUAUGUGCUUCCUCUACAUUGAGGUCAUCUUUAGACGCGCUUGUAUCAGAGAAAACAUGUAAAUCGCCUUAAGUGAUAUGUAUUAAAGCAUUUUGACAACCAUGCAACAAACCUGACCAUUUUUGACAGGUGGGAGCUGUGUCAUUAUUAUUUAGUUAUUUUUGAAAAAGGUGACAUACUGUAAAAGAGGAGCAAACCAGCACAAAAUAAAUGCCUAGUGAUUAUGUUUAUUACUAGAACGGUCUCUGUUAAUGAAAAAUGCGUUGGGCUGAUGCCUAUUAACAGGGGUACUGAACCCUGCUCCUGGAGGGCUGUUGUCCCUCU